AUGAAUCCCGCCAACUUUGUCAGCCAUGGAGGCGCAAUGCCACUUGGAGACAAACCGCCGGUUCCCCAGAUGCAAAGCCAACAAUCCAAGAACGAAACCACACAUCAAGUCCUUCUCAAAAAUAUAUUUUCAGCUUUGCAGUCGCAGGGCCAAUUUCAGGGUUGGCAACGGGAAGUAACUCUUCGAGAUCGAGGAGGUAAAAUAUAUCAGAUCAUUUCUUCAUUACGAUUGGUCGAACCUCACGUACCCCUUCAGCGGGCUUUAUCUGUCGCUGUGUCUUUUGAAGAAAGAAUUUUUAAACAAUCAAGAGAUCGAGUCGAGUAUGAAAGGGAAUGUAACAACAAACUUGGGCAGAUAAGAGAUAGUAGACAGCAGCGUGCCGCCAACAUGAUGCAAAGCGGAAUGACCAUGGCACACGCCAGCCCUCAUGCUGGAAUUGCUGCUCCUGGCCAAAAUGCCGCACAGACAAACAUCUUUCCUACUCAAUUUCAACGCCAAAUGCAGGGCUCUCCCAUACCGAUUCAACAACCACAGCAUCCAGGGUUGAGAAUGAACGCUCCAAAUCAACAAUCGCCAAUGCAACAUCCUGGUUUCCUCCAAAACGGUUUACAGCGAGUGAAUGCUGGUAUCUCUCGUGAUGAGGCCGGCGCCCUCCAGCCUCAUGAAUUAGAACAUGUUCGUCAAAGAGCGGAACAAAUGAUGCAACAGGCCUCACCCGCAACAAUACAGAAGCUGAGAUCAAGCUUUCAAAAUAUGCCUCCAGAGCAACUACAACGACUGGCCCGGGGGGGAUUCGAUCCAGUUGUACAUUUUUUCCGCGCACAGGCUACAAGGGAGCUUAGAAGAAAAAACAACCCUCAAGAGAUGAUGCUCCCUCAGAACACUGUUCUCGAUUCCGCGAAUAAUACGAUCGCCAACCCUAUGAUGACUCCCGCCCAGAGGCAAAUACCUCAGUCUCUUAUGGGCCUCCAAGGCAAUUCUACAAUCCUCAUGAACGGACAACAGAAUCUUGACACUGCAACAUAUGUGGGAAACAUUGACCAUAUACAAGGGCAACAGGCAGAUGGGGUCCGCUCACAAGAAGCUGGCCAACUUGUUGUUCCGGCCAAUACCCCCCAGGUCGGAAACCAACCACAAUUCAAUGCACCCCCGGGCAUGUUUCAGGAUGGACAGCAGAAUGUUAACAGAAGUACCCUUAACCCUAUGAUGCUGGCCCAGCAACACCAACAACGACAGAACCUUCACAACCAACAAGAAACCGUUCAGCAUGCCGCACAGUUUCAAGCACAAGCAGCACAGGUCCAGGCUCAGGUUCAAGCGCAAGCACAGGCACAAGCUCAGGCCCAAGCACAAGCACAGGCGCAGGCACAAGCGCAGGCACAAGCACAGGCACAAGCACAGGCACAAGCACAGGCACAAGCACAGGCUCAAGCACAGGUUCAAGCUCAACAGGCACAGGCACAGGCACAAGCACAGGCUCAAGCACAGGUUCAAGCUCAACAGGCACAGGCACAGGCACAAGCUCAGGCACAGGCACAGGCACAAGCUCAGGCUCAGGCUCAGGCACAGGCUCAAGCACAGGCACAGGCUCAGGCACAGGCUCAGGCUCAGGCUCAGGCACAAGCUCAGGCACAGGCACAGGCUCAGGCUCAGGCCCAAGCUCGUGCCCAGGCUGCUGCUAAAGCACAAAUGGCAAUGUCAUCUCAACCAAAUCCGCAGCUUCCUCAAUCUUUAUCCCAGCAAAGCCCUGCAAUGCCCGCGAUCAAUAGACCUGUCGGGCCCGGCCAGCUUUCUCAGUCCCAGAUUGCCCCUCAGGGUAGGCCUCCGUCAAGACCUCCAGGUAUGGGUCAAGAGCAGUCGGUUAUGCCCAGUCCCCAACCCGGUGUACCUCAGGGACUGCCUGCUAGCCUUCGAAGUCAACUGGCCCAAAUGUCACCAGAGCAAGCCAACCAGUUUUUACAAAACAACCAGCGACGUGUUUUUUUAAAUAGCCAAGCAAUGGCUCGCCCAGGACAACAGCCGGGUGUUCCUGUUCCACAGGUUUUGUCAGAUCCAAAUCAGCAGCAACAAGCUCCAAAUGGGCAGUUGGUUAGUGAGGCGGCAAUGCGAAAUGCAAUGGCUAUGCCUCCUCAAACAUCCGGCUUAGGCGGGGCCCCACCCCAGAAUCAGAGCAUUCCACGCCAACAUCUAUCACAACAACAGCGACAGCAGGAGCUUAAGCUCCAAUUCGCUCGACAGCAAAGUGCUAGUAUAGAGAUGACGGAGGAUCAGAUUAAAGAAAUGGAUGGACUUCCUUUUCCUCCCCCACUUGUGAAUGCAAGUGCCAAUAUGGCGCAACCGCUGCCCAAAGGUGUUAGGACAUGGGGGCAACUCAAACUUUGGGUAGCCCAAAACCCUCAUGCCCUUGGCGAUGCCACCCUACCUAAACUGCAGGCCAUGCAAAAAUAUCACUAUGCACGGUUGAAUUCACUGGGAGAGGCUACCCGAAAAUCGGAUCCAAGCCUCAUAGUGUCUGGAGCCUCACCACCCGUCGUUCCUGCACACUCCCAGCCCUUCAAUCCCCAGCAAGGGAUCCAGCCAGGGCAACAGCACCGCCCUCUUCCAAACAUGCCUAUGAUGCGUCCAAUUACAGCCAACGAAAUCCAGAACGCGCGACAAAAACUCGGCCCUCAGUUGCAGAACUUUACAGAUGAUCAGAUCAAAACCCUCCUGGAGCGGAAUCGACAAAGACAGUUUAUUGAAGCCCGUAAUAGGCAAGCAGCAGCCCAAGCACUUGGAGCUCAGUCGAUGAAUCAACAUCAACCAUUUCUUCAUCCCCCAGUUCAAGCCCAAACCCAACCUCAACCUCAACCUCAACCGCAACCUCAACCGCAACCUCAACCGCAACCUCAACCGCAACCUCAACCACAACCUCAACCGCAACCGCAACCGCAACCGCAACCGCAAGCGCAGGCUCAUCCUCACCCUCUGCCUGUGGCGCAGCAGAUUCCCGUUCCCUCCUUACAACCACCAACAGCGCAAAUAACCCAGGCCCAGAUAUCUCCCCCAAGCAACAGGCCAGCAGCAGUUACUGCGGUCAAGGCUCCACGUGCGUCAACUGCUAAACAAUCGAAAUCUCUCAAACGGCCCAAUGCUGACGAUGCCGUUGAUGUUCAAAAUCCGAUUACCCAACAGCCGCAACGACAUACCCCGGUUACCCAGCCUACCACCAAACCGGCCAUUCCUGUGACCGCGCAACAAAAGACCCUGCUGGAGGGUCAUAUGCGGCGACAACAAUCGCAACCGAGGCAACCCAUUACGAAAGCCAUUGCUGAUGAAAUCUGGAACCGCCUUCCUGAACAUAUCAAGCAAUUAUAUUCAGAAUGCGUUCAGCAUGAUCGAAACAAUACUCCUGUCUCAAUGUCACCUGAACACAAAAUGAUGGUAUCAAAAAUUCUCACAGAUUCUACGGACAUGCUCGGGCGGAUGGAGGCUUUGAUUCACUGGAUCGCCAAGUUGCCUAAUCAAGAGAAAACCCUUCACGCUCUAUUGCAAAUGAGAGUGGCAUUAAUGAAACAAUUCAAGGGCCCCGAGUGGCAACUUGUCGAUCAGUUUACCAUUUCACAACCACAGGUAGUGUCCGCCAUCGCUUAUAUUAAGAAGUGGUUCGCGGCGAUGAUCAGUUACCUCCCAAAACCAAACCAGUCAUCAGCCGCAACGGCAGCAGCACGAAAUGCCGUGCCUCAAGGAUCACCGCCUCAACAACAAAACGUGCAGCCAGCCAUCCCACCUCUGAAUGCGAGCAACCUUCAGCAACUUGAACAACAGCAAGAAGAAGCUUUGCAGCGCACACGGCGAGCAAACACUCAAGUAGCUCCUACUGCUCCGACAACUUUACAGCCUCCCUUCCCAUUAGGAGCGCCAUCACCACAGGGUGUUCCUCAUGCAUACGGACCACCUGGCUUGACUAAAGACAAAUUAGUAAUCCCACCAGCAAAGAGGCGGAAGCAAAAUUCAGCGGCAGCCAAGACACCCACGCCUUCGUCAACUCCGGCAGCACCAGCAACGACACCCCAGCCCCAGAAGCUGAGCCCCGCCGUAGCAAACCAACCUUCCCCACCUGUGGCAAGUUCCUUUCGAUGCCCUGUAUCUGAAUGCGAACAUCAUAUAAGAGGGUUUGCUUCUCAAGCAGCCCUAGACACCCAUGUUGAGGAGAUUCACAAGGUUGAGGAACCCGUUGCAAAUCCGCUUGAGUUUGCCCUUGAAAGCUAUCGUAUUGGCUUGGGUAUCGAUCAAAUUGAAAAGAAAGCACAGGAAGCGGAAGAAUCCAAGCAGAAGAACGCUCCUGGUCCUGAAACCCAGCCACAAACACAAGCAAGCAAACCAAUAGCUACCCCUAAGAUCAAGAGUGAACAUAUAACACCCGGAGCUACACCUAUUGGUCGUUCUGUAUGCCAGGUUGGCCCAAUAAAAUCAGCCUCGCCAGGCUCAAACAACGCGAAAAUAUCUCAAGAACCCCCCGCAAAAGGAGCAACUACGUCGAAUCCCAAGUCCGCGCAAACCAAAAACAGCAAAAAGGAUAGAGGUAAAAACGGAGAGCAAGGUUCCCCUCAAGAAGAUAUGGCCUUUGUCAAGGACCCGUGGGCUGAAAGUGCGAUCUCCCUCGAAAGCAUCCGUUCCGCGUUCAGUGAUGUGGGUGACCAAAGCUUCCCAGGCCUCGGACCGGAUCCUAUCGAUGAUGUAUUGGCUUCUGAAGCGUUCAUGAAAAUUCGAUCCAAUGAUACACCGCAGUCUACAGAUACGGGACCCAAUUCGCAAACUCCCAAGGAUACUGACAGUUCCAGGGACGACGACUUAGAUGUAAUGAUGAGUGGGACGAGCGAUGAUAGCUGGAUACCGUCGGACUGGGUUAAUCUUCCCGGGCAACUUGAAGGGGGUUUGCUCAUGAACGAGCCCUGGGAAGAAAUCAAUUGGGAGGUCAUGGAGAAAAAUGAAUUCGAAAUAGCUGCGAGCAGCUUUGAGCCGAUUGUGUACUCGAUUUAG